UGAUCCGCAGUCUGCUCAACAGUUAGGAACUACUCCGGACAACAUUUCUUAAUGAUUACCAUGAAUCGAAUAUAUUUAUUAUUGUGCAUCAUCGGACUAGGGCAGUGUUACACGAUUGAACGGAUUACUGAGCCACUAGAUCUCGGAGAAGGUCCACACUGGAAUGCUUUCAAUCAAAUUCUCUACUUUGUCGACAUUACGAAUGGCACAAUUAAUCUCUACGACCCAGCAACCAAAGAACAUAACUCCACUACUUUAGUAAACAUUUCAGGCAGUGGACCGGUAUCUUUUAUAAUACCAGUGGCAGGAACAACAGAUGAAUUCCUGGUGUCGACAGGAUUGGAUAUUAGACAUAUUACAUGGGAUGGUCAGAAUGAUUCUCAAGUACAGAGUUCCAUACUCUACACAGCGACACAGAAACAUGAUGGGUCUCGAUUCAACGAUGCUAAAGUAGAUCGAAUUGGUCAGCUGUGGGCUGGUACCAUGGGACCCGAACCCACUCCAAAUAACAUAACGCUAAGAACAGGAAAAUUAUACAGCGUCGCAUCUACAACACCACUAAAAUCACAUUUGGAAAAUAUUUUAAUAUCGAAUGGUCUAGCUUGGACCAUAGAUGGAAGCGUCAUGUACUAUAUUGAUUCUGGAGACUACACUGUUGAUAAAUUUGACUUCAAUCCAACCGAUGACGAAUCACUUCGUAACAGACAAACAAUUUUUAACUUAACAAAAGAAGGGCUUAAAGGGUUACCAGAUGGGAUGACGAUUGACACAAAAGGAAAUCUUUGGAUCGCUUGUUAUGGAGGCUAUCAGGUAAUCGUUGUUAAUCCAGACGAAGGUAAGUUAGUAAAGACAAUACCAAUCAAUGCCUCACAAGUGACUUCAGUUACUUGGGGCGGUGCAAACCUCAACGAGUUAUACGUAACCUCAGCACGAAUAGGACUAAGUGCUGACGAAAUAAAAAAGUAUCCUCACAGUGGAUCUACCUUCCGAAUAACUGAUCUUGGUGCGAGAGGUUAUCCUGGUGACAAUUAUGGAAUGUACACUCAACCAAGGACUUCGGGUUACGGUCGCCCUAACCUAAAACACCAACAUUGAAAAAUACAAAUAAGUUUUAGGUAGAAAGUAAACACGUGGUUGAAAAUCGAAACGUUCAACGGAUCCUUUCUUCUAAACACAUGCAUUACUGCUUUGAGUGGGUGAUGUUGAAUAAUCUAACUCAGAUAAAAAAAAAGAAAGAAAGCGUCAGGAACGCUCGUGGAACGUUUCGGAGUCCAAGCGUCACUCGAUAAUUUUGUUAAUAAAUAAACUGCUUCAGCAACAUUCAA